UACACAUUACACACACGCACUUACACUUGACGAAACGGAUUGUUCCGUGAAAAUUCACACUCUAUGAUUUCGACUCGACGCCGGAAUUAAGCAACAUUUAUUUUCUUCUCAAAAUAUAAAAAAACUGAAGGAUUCCCGAAUAUUUAAAAAAAUGAGUGAACUCGUAUGGGGUAUUAAAAAUGGUGAUCUCGAUCAAGUUCGGGAUUUCGUUGAGAAAAAGAAUAUAGAUGUAAAUCAAAUGAUUGAUGGAAGAAUGCCACUUCAUUAUGCAGCUGACUACGGACAGAAUGAAGUUGUUGGAUAUCUUCUGGACAAAGGAGCGCAAGCAAACGCGAUGGACAAACACAGCAUCACGCCGCUUCUAGCUGCCAUAUGGGAAGGUCAUACCAACUGCGUCAAGCUAUUGCUAGAAAAUGGUGCACAUCCCGAAGGAUUAACACCAGAUGGUACGAGUUACAUAGAAGCGGCUGAAAAAGAUGAGAUAAAAGAUUUGCUCCGCCGGCAUCACUAGCACAAAACCAAAACGAUUUCUCAAAACUAUGAAAAUUUCUUUUCUUCGUUUAUCCAUUUUUUCUUGUUGCUCUCACAUAUAUAUAGCUCUGUUAUAUGGAUUUAUUGUAUACGACGACCUAGAACAGUACCUAUAUAUUUAUAUAUUACAGGAUAGGGAAAAAACAGAAAAAACGAACUAGUGCAACUCAAUUUUCCUAACUGAGUAAAUAUAUAACAUGCUUUGCGAUCCAUACGUGGAUAUUAUUGUAUGUUCGCGUUAGAAUAGUAAGUAUAUAAUAUAUAUAUAGUGUUUUUUAAAUAUAUUUAAAGCAACAUGCCUAUUAGUACGUUCCAACGUACGAAAAAUCUGUGACUGCUGUCAACCGGUCCGGUUGACUCGCUUAGACUUAAUCUUCCGCCAGGUCUGCACUUUCAUCAUUGUCCUACUUUUAAUAUUAUUUUUAUUUUAUUCAUGAAAAAUGAAAGUUUUCAGUGUUUACGCGUUGUAAUCAAACAAGUUUUGUGUUAAUUUUAUUGUUUCGUUCGCAUGAUUGUCACAGCUUAUUGUAUCAGUAGCCCAUGGAGAAAAUCAAAUGAAUAGCAUAGGCAGCUCGAGAGUCCGUUAUAAGUUGGUACAAACAUAAAAGAAGAAAAAACGAAACCAAACGAAGCAAAAGAAAAAUGAUCAACAUGAACAAAAAUAAGGAAUGACGCGGCUUGUAUUUGCGUUGUACAACAUUAUGAAUUAACCUUGUAUUUUUAGUAAUAAAAAAUAUCCAUUUUUCAAUGGUA